ACAACACGUGUAUACUCAUCAGUCAUUGUUUGUGUUGCAGAUGAGUGAUGUCCUGCAUCAGAUGACAGGUGCCACUGGCAGCGUCCUGACCCUGCGAGGCGUGAACACUGACAGCGGCAAAACCACUCUGGAGGCCGCCUUCGAGGGCAUCAGUCAGUUCCGGAUUGACAACAGCGUUCUUCACGAUGAAAUUGCAGAAUGUCGUGUAACAAAGACAAAGGCAGAACUCGAAGUUCUGAGGUUUGCAGCCACUGUCUCGGCAGCUGCUCAUCGAGCUGUGAUGCGCAAGAUUCGACCUGGCAUGAAGGAAUACCAACUGGAGGCCAUAUUUCAACACCAUUCCUACUAUCAUGGAGGAUGCCGGCACCAGGCUUAUACCAACAUCUGUGGUUCUGGUUGUAAUGCUGCUGUGCUGCAUUAUGGUCAUGCUGGUGCACCCAAUGCUCGAACAGUUUCUGAUGGAGAGAUAUGUCUUUUUGACAUGGGAGCAGAAUACUACUGUUACACCAGUGAUAUUACCUGUUCUUUCCCGGCUAAUGGAAAGUUUACUGAAGAUCAAAAGGCAAUCUACAAUGCUGUCUUGAGUGCUUCACAUGCUGUAAUGGAAGCAGUAAAGCCAGGAGUAUCAUGGGUAGAGAUGCACAGACUCUCAUACCGAACCAUGCUGGCCAAACUGAAGGAAGCUGGGAUUGUGCAAGGUGAUCUUGAGGACAUGAUGAAGGUAAAUCUUGGAGCAGUGUUUCAGCCUCAUGGUUUGGGUCACCUCCUUGGAUUGGAUGUGCAUGAUGUUGGAGGCUAUCUUGAAGACAACCCUCCUCGACCUCAGGAAGCUGGUUUCCGGUCUCUUCGCACAGCCAGGGUGUUAGAGGAGAACAUGGUCCUCACAAUUGAACCUGGAUGCUACUUUAUUGAUCAUCUUUUGGAUCAAGCAUUGGCUAAUCCAGCUCAGGCACAGUUUCUGGUUCCCGAGGCAAUAGCCCGCUUCCGUGGAUUUGGUGGAAUCAGGAUUGAGGAUGAUAUUGUUGUGACUGCCGAUGGCAUGGAAGACCUUGCACAGGGUACUAUUCCACGAACUGUGGAGGAGAUUGAAGAACUUAUGGCAGAAGGUCAACAGGCGGAUGUGUUUGUCCCUCAGCUUCAUGCUCAGGAGAAGCUUGGUCAGUAAUUAAUGGUGCUUUAACUUACACCAUUGAGUAAAGAAGAUGAGGAAUAGGAUGGACACAAGAAGACUUUUUAUCCUUACAUAAAAUGUAUAGUUAUUUCAGCCACGCUUUAGGUUAGAUUAUUACUGUAUAACAAAGUAAAUGUUUCAAAUUAUUAGAAUGCCAAAAGUUUAAUUGUUUAAACUUGGAACUAGACAUUAACUAUAUUAAUGGAGAUAUGUGCCUGAAAAGAUUUUCAUAUAUAUAUAUAUAUUGGACAACUAUAUAUACAGUAUACAGGUUCUGUACUUUGUAAAAAAGGGAUCAUAUAUGAUUUGCAAAUUCCCUGGAACUUUAAUAAAUAAAUUGCACUGGUUG